GCCCCCACGGCACGCGGCCAAUCCGGAAGCGCUUCUACUUCUCUCCCACACGCAGCUCGGGCAAACUCGUUUGCUUCGCGCCUCCACGUGCGCUCGUGCUCGUCGCGUGCUGAUCCCUCCUUGGCUCCUUGCUUCGGUUCCCUCUCUCUGCGUUUCCUUUUCUCUCGUGAACUCGCGGAAGGCGGCGGCGGGAUGGCCGUCGGAGGAGGCGUGCGCGUGGCGUCGUCGCUGGAGGUGUGGGGGCGGGGGCGGAGCAGCGGCAGCGGCAGCGGCAGCAGGGCGGGGAGGCGCGGCGCCGCGGCGGCGACCGUCAGGUGCAGCUGCGUCGGCGAGGCGGGGCCGGCCGCCGCCGGGGGCCUGGCGGAGGAGCACUACCGGACGCUGCGGCUGCGCCCGGGGGCCACCCGGGGCGAGGUCAAGAAGGCCUUCCGCCGCCUCGCGCUCAUGUACCAUCCGGACGUCCGCAAGGAGACCGACGGCGACGGCGACGGCGACCGCGGCGUCCAGUUCCAGAGGAUCAACGUGGCGUAUCAGGUAAAAAAAAAACUUUUAUAUCAGAUGCUGAUGAGCAACAUGAGGGAGGCCGAGGAGCGGCUCGAGUACUGGCGCCUCAAGUACGGCCUCACCGACCAGGAUCUCGACAGGUACAGGUGCUACCUCAACGAGGACGGCGACGACUGGCUCGACAUGUGAGGAGGCCGAAGCAUCCGGUCGGUAGGCAGAGGAUUUACACAGCUUGCCUGUCGACACUGAGCAUCUUUUAGCACCGGUUGAUUCCUGCUGUUGCCAUGGCAGAGGCAGCAGCACUGUGAUCUCAUCUGCUUGUGUAUACUGAAGCAAUGUGUACCCUUCCCCUAUUUUAUUGUGGGUGAAAGGAUACGUACUCCUGCAGACAGACAGAUUAAAGUGUAGUGACGUUCGUGUAUCAGAAAGAUCCCUUGUUUAUAUACCAAGAUUUACUGACGUUAGUUAUCA